GAAACAAUUGUAAAGAAAACAUGGCUUCCCAAUUAAAUUGAAAUUACAAAAACAUUCAAAUACUCAGCAAUAAAAGUGGGUAAAUUAAAGAAAAUCCGGAGGAGCCCACACAAAUUGACUUCAAAAUGCAUUUCGCUAUACCAGACACAAAAGAAUUAAAUGACGGCAAUGGCAGCAUAUUUGUGGGAUAUAACAUACAUAUCAAUGGAGUAUUUCAUUGUACGGUACGUUAUAGACAACUGCAUAACUUAAACGAGCAACUACGGAAAGCUUUCGGUGCAGAAACGUUACCUUUAUUUCCGCCAAAGAAAAUCUUACCUUUAACAGGAGGACAGUUGGAAGAUCGAAGGAUCCUGUUGGAAAAAUAUAUACAAACAUUGGGCCAGGAUUCGAGGCUUAUAUCGUCGGAAUUACUUAUAGGUUUUUUAUUAUCUGCUCAACAAGAAACAACAAGCGAAAAGAAACAAGAAAUGAAACUAGAUAUUUACACAAUGAACAAUUUUCAAAUAACAGUCAGAGUGUUAUCGACAGAUAGGACAGAACAAGUGUUGCUAAAAGUGUGUAAGCAGAUACAGCUACCGCUGGAGUAUGUUCGAUAUUUUGCUUUGUUUUUAAUCAAGAAGGCAGAGAACGGAGAUAUAACGAUGUUACGAAAAUUGCAAGAUUUUGAAUCCCCAUACAUAUCACAUAAGUCCAUGCAGCCGUCACAUAAGAUAGUCUUACGUAAAAGUUAUUGGGACAUAAAUUAUGAUUUAGAAUUAAUGACAGAUCCAGUCAGUCUAAAUUUGUUAUAUGUACAAACAGUUUCCGACAUAGAACGAGGUUGGAUUUUCUGCUCAAAUAAUGUUAAAAUGGAAUUAGUUCAAUUUCAAGCGCGUUUAGAGAAAAAGGAGUACAUAGAGAUAGCUCGAACAUUAAAGUAUUAUGGUUAUAUUCAGUUCAAUACAUGUUUUUGUGAUUAUCCAAAGCCUUGCACGAGGGUAUUGGUCGCGAUCGGCGGUGAAGAACUUAAUUUGAGGAUCGUAGGGCCAGGUCAGCUUGUCAAAGAAGGCAGCUUUAAAGUGACGCGCAUGCGUUGUUGGAGAAUCACAGCCACUCAUUUUCAGAAUAAGCAAAUUGUUGCUGCAAACAGCCAAAGUAAUGAUUCUAUAUUAGAAUUGUCUUUCGAGUAUUUGAUGUCAAAAGACAAACUUCAGUGGAUUACAAUAUCGAGUGAUCAGGCCAUUCUUAUGUCUGUUUGUUUACAAUCAUUAGUCGACGAACUUCUACUUAAAAAAAAUGGAAUCGACUAUAAAGAACUUUCUGGCUCUAGAGGAAGUUGGACUUACAUGAAGCGAGAUGGUUCCAGUCAAUUGAUCUCUAUAGAUGAUCCAGAUGUGUGUCCGAUUGGUGUGGUGGGUGAAACAACCAACGCAAAAAUUCCAGAGUUUUUCUCCAUAAAGAAAUUGCAAGAAAAAUUCGCGAGCGUUUCUUUCAAAACUGGCAAAGAUUUUGUAGAAAAUCACGCAUUCGAAGGUAUAGGUGAUGAUGAUUUAUAGAAUUGUUUCUUUUAUAUUAUGUUGAUGAGUGUUAAUUGUGCCAAAUGGGGGUAGGAAUCUGUACGUUUGGUACGGAGCUGCGCAUUUAAAAUGUAGCUAUAAUUUAAAGUUUUAUCACUGUUAUUGUGUAUGAGAUUUUUUAAUUUGUGACAAUGUUUUAAAAACAAUGCAAAUGAGGAGGAUUCAUACGAUUUUGCUCAACUCUAAUUGUUUACUUCUAUUAUUGUAAACAGCUCAAAUUGAAUACUUACAUAUUAUUUUUAUUAUACUCAAACUCGAACAUAGUUUUGUACCAUUGUAUUUACAAAGAUUAAAUAUCCCUUGGCAGUGCUUCACAAUGUAAAUUCCAGUUGACCUGAUAAUUGUAUAUUUAAUCUUUGAUAGCUAUUUAUUCGUAUAGAUAUAUGUUUAUAUUAGCAUUCAAUUUAUUGUUACAUACUGAAGGUGUAAUAACUUUUUAUAUAUUUUCUUAAUCGUUUUGUAACGUCUACAAAGGCAGUAAAUACCAUGCUAAACCUGUG